ACCCCAAACUCAUUUGAUAUGUCCUUGAACCACCCAAAGGCUUUUUGAGAUAUUCCUCAACUUGCCCACCUCACCUUUUUUUUUUUUCACCCCAAACACCCCCAAACUUCCUGAUAUUGCCGUUUCCCUUCUUCUCUCCGCCUCUCACCGUUGACCCCCGUCGCCUUUUAACGGUCUUUUGCCGGAAUCAGAAACCCUAAUCUCUCUCUGAGAUGUCAAUGCAAAUGUUUUUCUGAGGUACAAUUUGAACUACCCGCAUCCAAUCAUUUGCUGAAAAAUCAAUGAUGGAGAUUGACAUUCAUGAGGAAAGCGAUGGAAGCACACCUAGGGCAAAUGAAAAUGACCUGUCUAAUAGGCGAGUUGCACCUGAUGAGUCUGGUGAAGGUUUGCCUUAUGCUCCUGUUAAUUGGCCUAAUCCCGGUGAUACUUGGCGGUGGAAAGUGGGAAAGCGAGUUUCUGGAUCUGGACACUUUCUGGAUAGGUACCUUUAUCUUCCAAAGAGACUUUGCCAUGAUGGGGCCGGGAAUUCUACGGGUAGGAGAAAUAGUUUUGCAAGCAAGCUUGCAGUUGAACGAUAUAUCCAAGCAUCAUUUCCUGGUACAGACCUCAAAGAAUUUUUUGCAUCAUUCUCGUGGAAGAUUCCAGCGGAAAUGUCACUGUUAGCAAAUGGUGCUGUAAAGCUGAAGCAUGUUCCAGCUGUUCCACCUAUUCCACCUUGUGUGGGAAUUGAAGAGUCUGAUUCUCAGUCUGAUGGCUUAUGCUGUAAGGCCCGAAAUAAGUUGUGCAUCAGUUUGUUGGAAAAAGCAGAAAACCCACCCUUAGUAUUCAUGGAGUGUGAUAUUUGCUGCACUGAGGCUAAGUUCUGUCGAGAUUGCUGCUGCAUUCUUUGUUCGAAGACUAUAAAUUUCUCCUAUGGAGGCUAUGAUUACAUCAGAUGUGAAGCACUGACGGGCGAGGCUGUUAUAUGUGGGCAUGCUGCCCACAUUGAUUGUGCUCUCCGAUGCUACAUGGCUGGCACUGUAGGAGGAAGCAUUGCAUUGGAUUCUGAGUACUAUUGCCGGCGCUGUGAUGCAAGGACAGAUCUGGUUCCACAUGUGAUGAGGCUUUUACACACAUGUGAAUCCCUUGAUUCUCGGGACAACAUUGAGAAGAUCUUAAAUAUUGGUAUCUGCAUCUUGCGCAGUUCCGGGAAAACCAUUGCUAAGGAGUUGCUCAAACGUAUUGAAGUGGCUAUUGCAAAGCUCAAAUAUGGGACUUCUCUUGAAGAUAUUUGGAAGCAGGAAGAUGGCUCUCAUCAUGAAAGUACUGCUAUGGAAGUGACAACAAACCAGGAGCCCUUGAAUGGUAAACCAAGCUCAGAUUUGCUGUCUGCAUCUUUUGAUUAUUGCUCUGAAUCUCAAAAACUCGCAGAAGACGUUGAUCAGGUUCUGCAUGCACUAAAGAACUCCCAAGAGUCUGAAUAUAAGGUGGUUGAGGAAAAACUUCUUGCACAGAAGAACUAUAUUUGUAAUCUGUAUCAGCAGCUUGAGAAGGAGAAGUCUGAUCUGGCACGUCGCACAUCAACCGACCCUGAUGCUUUACUCGAUAUUGUAUUGAGCAGGGUGAAGCAGAUUAAAAGGGAAAUCACAAAUCUCAAGGAGAUGGAGCAGAUAGCCUCUGGAUUUGGAAAGACUUCCAGAGCUACCCUGAAAAAGCACUUCAAUUUUGAAGUUGAGGAAUGAAGUGAAUGCUUGUCCCGGUUAUGAAACUUCAAUUUUCAGCCCUUUAUAAUUUUCUUGCAAUUGUACUGGCACUCUUAUCCAAGGUUUAUAUGCGUAACCGUGUUUGGUAGAAUGAGCCGCUGCGUGGUGAUGGAAUUUCAUACCCAGCAGGCAAGAGAAAGAAUGAUGUUCCUGUUGAAGAAAUGGUUUGUAGAUUGUGAGCUCCUUAGUGGUUUGUAUCCUUAGUUGUCAACUCAAGAACUGCGAGAGAAUAGACCGAGGGAUUGAGGAGACUAACUGAAUGCAUUCAAGGAGUGUGUAAGAAUUUCGUGGUUUCUUGCAUCAGCCAUCAUUGGGUUUCCAAGGAAAGUAUGCAUCAAACAUCAUCUUGUAAAUGCUUCUCUGUUCAAAGCAUCUGGCAGCUGUGUUCUUGUAAUGCAACUUCCCAGUUUGUUGAGCAGUAGUGUAAUUGAAAGAGAAGUGUGCUUUCUUUGUUCUUUGUUCUUUGUUUCUUGUCUGUUUUGUCGAUCUAGGUGAGUUGCUGCCCGACUGGGAAGUUAGAAAUUUUGUCAAUUAUAGUGAAGUCUGGAACAGGAAGUUGUACUCUCCAAUUGUAUCUGGCUGGACUUGCGGAAUUAGUUAGUUCCUUAAUUUGAUUAGAAGGUAGAUACAUGUAUGUUUCCUGUACAUAUAUACAAAAAUUCAGGAACAGUUCCUUGAGAUAGAAAUGCAUUAGUUUUAGCUUCUCCAGU